AACUCGCGUUCAGCUGCAAGAUGAUUUGGUUGAGCAUAUGUGGGCCCAUGUUGGCAACCAAUAGAUGUCACUAUCUUUUUUUUAAUGUAUUUGAGACAAUUUAAUUUUUAUUUGGCCUGGAAACUAUGAGAUAUUUAUUUGGUUGAGAUAUUCAUGUAUUUUUUUUGAAUUAUGUAAACUAAGGUCAAAUUUUUAUAUGUUUGCAGAAAAACAUGAUAGACCGUUUAUGAGGACGAAAAUGCAUCUGUGUCUUGAGGCACGAUCGACCCAAAUAUAGAAGGAAGCUAUGAGCGAGCAGCCAACGAACAAAAAAUGGAGAAAACGCGCGUGGACGACGCGUUGGAGUUGCUCUAACUCCGGGGGCUGCCGGGCUCCGUAGACUGCAGUGGCCGUUCUCUCAUCUCCGCUUGCUCAACACAGGGCUGGUGCCUUGGUGCUUGGUGGGGAGUUGCUAAGAAAUCUUCGACAAAGCAUGUCUGAUGUGGCCGCGCGGCUUCCUCUUGCGUCUUCUCCUCCGCGUGACCGCCGGCGCCACUGCCCGCCACGCCUGCGCGCGCGUCCACCCGCUCCUCGUGAAGUCCGGCCACGCUUCCGACACUCGCCUCGCCACCGCGCUCGCCGACGCCUAUGCCAAGUCCGGCCUCGUCACGCACGCGCGCAGGGUGUUCGACGAAACGCCGCGCAGGGACCUCGUGCUCUGGAACGUCAUGAUCUCCUGCUACUCGUCCCAUGGCCUGCUCCUCGACUCAUGGGCCCUCUUCGCCUCCAUGCGGAGGAGGCCCGGCCUCUCCGGCGACGGCUUCACCUUCAGUGCCUUGCUGAGCGCCCGCGCUCCUCCUUCUUCCCGCGGCCACCUCCUGGGGCUCCUGGCGCACGGCCUUGUUCUCAGGCUGGGCCUCCAGCUGGACCUUGUCGUCGCCACCGCGCUCCUCGACAUGUAUGCAAAGUGCGGCCGGGUCGCUGAUGCUCGCUGGGUGUUCGAUGCCAUGCUGCUAAGGAACUCUGUAUCCUGGAAUGCCAUCAUUGUCUGCUAUGGCCGCCAUGAUGGAGGCAAGGAAGCACUGCAGAUUUUCGUGUCCAUGCUCAGGAAUGAUGAUGGCUGCUGUUGUCGGCCUGACGAGCUCACGCUUGCCAGUUUGCUUAGUUCCUGUGCCAACAUGGCAGCUGCCUAUGAGGCUACCCAGCUUCAUGCUUAUGCCCUCAAAAGGGGCUUACAAGGAUUUCUGCAAGUAGCCAACGCUCUGAUCAUGGCCUAUGGUAAGAAUGGUUUUCUUCAACAAGCAACACAGACAUUUGCCACCAUCCAUAGCCCAGACAUAGUUUCAUGGUCAUCCAUGGUUUCAUCUUUUGCCUACCUUGGGUGUGCCAAGAGCGCAAUCCAUGUGUUUGAAAGAAUGCUCCAACAAGGCGUGCGGCCUGACGGCAUUGCGUUUCUUGGAGUUCUUUCUGCCUGCAGCCAUGCUGGACUCAUUCAACAUGGCCUGAAGUAUUUUCUUCUAAUGACGACGGACUACCAAAUUGAUCCAUGUCCGCAGCAUCUUGCUUGUCUCGUUGAUCUCCUAGGGAGAGCUGGCAGGGUUCAGGACGCCUACAACAUUUUACUCAACAUCUCCUGCCAAACAAACACUGAUGUAAUUGGAGCUUUCCUUGCUGCCUGCAAGACACGAGGCAACAUUGAGUUGGCAAAGUGGGCUGCUGAUAGGCUACUCGGUCUGGAGCCAAACGAGCCAGCCAAUUACCUGCUUAUAUCUAAUGCUUAUGCUGCUGCAGGAGCUUGGAGUGAGCUUGCAAAGGUAAGAAGUUUUAUGAGAAACGUGGGCGGCAACAAGGUGCCUGGUUGUAGCUGGAUAGAAAUAGGUGGAAAGGUUCAGACAUUUGUCUCCAAUGAUAUUUUGCUCCAACAAUCAACAAAUAUGCGACAAAUGAUGGAAAUUCUUGUUACAUUCAUGGAAAAAGAGAGCAAUGACGAUACUCUUUGUAAGGAUUCAGAUUUUAUUUCAGAACGGUUUUGAUGUCUCGGUAAAAAAUAUAUAUGGGUUAAACUGACAUCUGCAAUAUAUUGUGUCUGACCUUGUCAAUGUGGCAAUUGAACCAUUCUAAGGUAACUUGAAGAUUUCCUUAUUACAUGGUAGUUAGAUCAUUUCACCAUACAUUUUCUUUAAACUGAAUGGAUUGCCAGAAUUGCCUGGAACAGGUUAUCAUAAAAAUGAAGAUAGGAUACUAGAACCCUCAGGAAGGCAGAAAAUUGUCUCUUGCUUAUGCAGUUAUGCUUAUGUACGUAUGUCAACAAUCAUAUAUUUCUGUCGAAUCAUAGAUUUAUCUUGCAGUGGUGCAAAUCGAUUUAUUAUUUCUCAUGAAUCUCCAGAUGUUGUGCUAAUAUGAAAAAGUGAGGAGGGUUAGCAGGUAGAUGAGGUGAUCCGUGAUCCUAAUACGCCGCUUCUAUCCCCGAGAUGGCGACAGCUGACAGUCGUGUUAGAAUACUUCUCGCCGCCGCGAGAUGGUGGAGCGAAGACUAAUCAGUAUGUCGCUCUCCCUGAGCUCCUCUCUUCAGAAUGUCACCUAAGACAACAUGGCAGCAACUUAAGCAGCAGAUUAGUACCCCACGAAUCGAGCACUCUUAACUCGAUCGAUCAUAAUUGAUGGACGACCGUUCUUAUCUCAGUCAUCAUAAUUGACGGACGAUGAUCGUGACCAUGAUGACUCUCUCUUGUGUGUGUGCUUGAUGCCUGUCGUCCUUCGCCCAUUACUGUUUUCUCAGGGGUGCUUGCGGUGCUCCAUUUCUGGCUGGUUGCUGGAGGUUGGUAAGGCAGGUUCAGAUCUGGGCUUUUAGUGCGAUUCAAGUCUACAGGAUUCAGAUUUUAUUUCAGAAUGGUUUCGAUAUCUCAAUAAAAAUACAUGCGGAUUAAACUGACAUCUGCAAUGUAUGGUCUCAGACCUUACCAGUGUGACAAUGUAACCAUUUUCAGGUUAUCAUAAAGACGGAGAUAGGAUACUAGAACCGUCGGGAAGGCAGAAACUGGUCUCUUGCUUAUGCAGUUAUGCUUAUGUAAGUAUUUCAACAAUCAUAUAUUUCUAUCGAAUUGUAUAUUUCUAUCGCAGUGCUGCAAAUCGAUUUAUUACUUCUCAUGAACCUCAA